AUGAGAUGGAUGAACCAUCGCGUCGCACGGCAAUGCUUUCUUUUUGAUAAACGCUUCAAUAGCACACUCUCUACUACUCCUCAAACUCCCCCGACCUCUCGUACCGUCGUCAUUGAAGACUUACCGAGAGGUUUCAGACCUACUUCAACUCUUCUGCGCCGUAUAAAAGAAGGCACAGUAGAGGAGCUUGAUUACGACCCCCACAAUCAACGGGUUUAUCUCAGCUUUCUUCACCCGCAGCCUGCAUUAUCCGUCUACGAGAGAUUCAAGGCCGGCAGUUUGUCUCUGAGAUCCGGGCGAGUGGACGGGCAACCAGCUCCUGUCCGAAUGGGAAAGCCAAAACCUCUACCCGUAAAGCUAGUUGCAGGCAUUAGUGACCAGAACGCCAAUCGCGUACUAGUAAUUGGAUUCCAGGCGUCCAAUGUCGAUAUUGAAGCUAUCAAAGAAAAGAUUUUCACGGACGCCCGCAAAUUUGGUAAAUAUGGCGCACUGGACGUACAAAGUCGGGGAAGGAGCGUUCUGUUUCGUGUAUAUUUCUACAGCAUAGAAUCAGCGAUGACGGCUAAACAGCACUGGUCUGAAGACCGGGCGUUCGCCAAAGCAGGAAUAUCUUUCGCCUCUUACGACCCUUGCGAUUUCAUCCUGUUUUCCCAUCACAAAAAGCGGGAUGGUCUAUACGAUCGGGUGCUUGUCAGGAAUCUUCCCGUGGACAUGGGCAUAACCGGAGCGAUUUUCCUCUUACAGCCUGAACUUGGCCGUUUUCGUAACAUAUUCAAAGUCGGCGAGGGAUCCUAUGCCAUCACAUUCUACAGCCAUGAAGCUGCAUCACGAUAUCUUGAUGCUGCCGCCUCAAAUUAUAUACGAGAACCGGGGAUGGAGAAAAUCGAAGCAAUGGCACAUGGGAAUACGGAUGCUAAGUCGAAACGUGUUUCAGACGCAGCUCAACUGGGUGCUACAAGAACUGUCGUCUUGACCGAUAUCGACGAUUAUCAGCGGUUCUCGCAAGACCGCGUCCGAGAAGAUUUCAAGGCAUUUGGAGAGCCUUAUCACACGGCAUGGAAGCCUGAAAGUCGUGCGAUGCAUAUCACUUUCUCAGACAUGGUGCACGCGAGUCGAGCUAUCCACCGUAUCGAGUCCAGAAUAAGAUCGGAUAAAGCCUUCUCCGAUUACGUGGAAGCUGGGCUGUCCAUAACGUUUGGACCAGAACCAGACGCUCCACCGUCUCCAGCGCUCGUGGAAAUAAAACCGCUGCGUCUCAAAAAAGGGAAGAUUACAACCGAUAUUUCGACUUCUCGACGAUCACCGGUUCAGAAAAGCACCGCUGUGUCAUGA